AUGUCUCAGUCUAUCCAAUUCUCGACUCCUUCACGCACUCCUCACUCUCUCCACCUCCCGCAAUCUCAAUUCCACCGUCCCAUCUCCUCCUUCUCCUUCCGCCAAUUCCCUCUAACCUCCACCGUCAAGUACACCUCAAUCAGAGCUUCCUCCUCUCCCUCUCCUUCUCCGGAUCUCGAUUCAAACUCCUCGCAGGUCCUUCUCUCCCCCAACGGCACUGGCGCCGUCAAAGCAGAGGAGAGAUCCGUCGUAGCUGCGGCGGUUUCGACGGAUACGGCGGGGAUAGAUGUGGAUACGGUGACGGAAGCUGAGCUGAAGGAGAAUGGAUUCAGGAGCACGAGGAGGACGAAGCUGAUCUGCACGAUCGGACCGGCGACGUGCGGGUUCGAGCAAUUGGAAGCGCUCGCCGAAGGAGGCAUGAACGUCGCGAGGCUUAACAUGUGCCACGGCACUCGCGACUGGCACCGCGGCGUUAUCCGUAGCGUCCGGAGGCUUAACGAGGAGAAAGGAUUCGCGGUUGCUAUCAUGAUGGAUACUGAAGGUAGUGAGAUUCACAUGGGAGAUUUCGGCGGUGAAUCUUCAGCUAAAACUGAGGAUGGUGAGAUUUGGACGUUCACUGUGAGAGCGUUUGAUUCUUCUCGCCCUGAGCGUACAAUUAGUGUGAGCUACGAUGGUUUCGCUGAAGAUGUGAGAGUUGGGGAUGAGCUUCUGGUAGAUGGUGGAAUGGUGAGGUUUGAAGUGAUUGAGAAGAUUGGACCUGAUGUUAAGUGUCUAUGUACUGACCCUGGAUUGUUGCUUCCUCGAGCUAAUUUGACUUUUUGGAGAGAUGGAAGUCUUGUACGUGAGCGUAACGCUAUGCUUCCAACCAUUUCUUCCAAGGACUGGUUGGAUAUUGAUUUUGGAAUCGCUGAAGGUGUGGAUUUCAUUGCUGUAUCGUUUGUCAAGUCUGCUGAAGUUAUUAACCAUCUUAAAAGCUAUCUUGCUGCUCGUUCCUGUGGAGGUGACAUAGGAGUGAUUGCAAAGAUCGAGAGUAUUGAUUCACUGACAAACCUGGAAGAAAUCAUCCGAGCAUCAGACGGAGCCAUGGUUGCCAGAGGAGACCUAGGAGCUCAGAUACCACUAGAGCAAGUCCCAGCAGCUCAACAGAGGAUCGUGCAAGUCUGCAGAGCGCUUAACAAACCCGUCAUCGUCGCUUCUCAGCUGCUCGAGUCCAUGAUCGAGUACCCAACUCCAACCAGAGCAGAAGUAGCCGACGUCUCCGAAGCAGUGAGGCAAAGAUCAGACGCGUUGAUGCUCUCCGGAGAAUCAGCCAUGGGUCAGUUCCCUGACAAGGCCCUCACUGUUCUCAGAAGCGUCAGCCUAAGAAUCGAAAGAUGGUGGAGAGAAGAGAAACGCUACGAGUCUACACCGCUUCAAGCCAUCGGCUCUACUUUCUCAGACAGAAUCUCUGAAGAAAUCUGUAACUCCGCUGCUAAAAUGGCUAACAAUCUUGGAGUGGACGCGGUUUUCGUCUACACGAAGAGCGGGCACAUGGCGUCGUUAGUCUCCAGGUGUCGUCCAGACUGUCCGAUCUUUGCCUUCACGAACACGACCUCGGUGAGAAGACGCUUGAACCUACAAUGGGGACUGAUCCCGUUCCGUUUAAGCUUCUCAGACGACAUGGAGAGCAAUCUGAACAAAACGUUCUCGUUGCUUAAAUCAAGAGGAAUGAUCAAAUCCGGUGACCUCGUCAUCGCCGUCUCCGACAUGUUGCAGUCUAUUCAGGUAAUGAACGUUCCAUAG